UUAGUGCUUUACAUUGAAUAAAACACUCUACUAAUGCCACAGCCCACACAGGACACAGGGCACACAGGGAGCAACAACAUUUUGGUUGUGCUGCCUGCACCUUCCAUCACCGAUCACCGGUCACCACCUCUUACCAUUGUGGUCCGUUUUAGUUCCUUCUUUGGCGGCAGCGUUUCUUGUUUCAGUUCAAGUGAAAGAGGGUUGCUUCUUGUUACUGGUUAAGGGUAUUUAGCACCUAAAGUACAUGGAUAAAGAGGAAGAAGCACCACAAAUUCCCAGAAGAACAAGAAGGUCUUCAACUUCAUCUUGGGCAUCGACUUCAAAUGAUGUAUCUUCUGUUAAAGUGAAUAGCCUUGAACCGCAAACAAUCAAUGAUCUUUUAGUUGGAGGGGAACCUGUUAGCCUGGAUGACUUGCUUUCUAAUUUUCCCGGUAGAAAUAGCCAGAUUCGUGAGAUUGUGCACCUUUUGGGACCAUUGAACACUCCUACGCUCCCUUUGUUUGUGUAUGGAGGUGCUUCCACUGGAAAAACUAGUAUCAUUCUUAAACUAUUCAGGCAUCUCAACAGGCCACUUGUUUAUUCUAGCUGCAGGACAUGUUAUAAUCCGCGUAUCUUAUUUGAAUCUAUUCUAAAUCAACUACAUCUCCAUAGAAGAAGUGCUGCCAAUGGCUAUUCAAAUGCAAAGCGCUGUGAGAGACCAUCGGAUUUUGUUAAUUUUCUUCGGGAGGCAUUGACAAAUGCCAUAAACGAUCUAAAGGAGAAGUCUGAGAAGUUGAUGUCAAGCAAGACGAUGCAAGGUGGAAUCGGAAACAUGAUCUACCUGGUAUUCGACAAUUUUCAGCUUGUUAGGGAGUGGGAUAAGAGCUCUACUAUAUUGCCCUUGCUGUUUAAUCUUUAUGAUAUGCUAAAGAUGCCUGAGGUAGGUCUGAUUUUUAUCAGCAAUUCUUCUCCAGAUACCUUUUACUCUAACAUGGGUUAUGUGGAGCCUAUCCCGGUAUACUUUCCUGAUUAUGUAGAAGCUGAUAUUCGUAAAAUAUUGUUGAGAAACCAAGCGAACCCGAAGCUAUAUUCCUCAUUUCUGGAUGUAGCUCUAAGGCCUUUCUUUAGAAUUACUAGGCAGAUCGAUGAAUUGUCCACUGCCUUCAAGCCACUAUAUGAAAAAUAUUGUGAACCUUUAAGCAAUAAAAGCAUCGUUCCUAAUGAAGACAUGAAGAGAAGGCUAUUCAGUCAUAUAAUGCGUCAUGUCUCCUCCUCUCUAAAUGAGAUAUUUAAGGUUUCAUCUCUUCCUUUGUCAAAAGUCGAGAGCUCUAAAGAGACAAAACAGAAGGGGACUCCAAGGAAAUUGGAGCACUGUGAAGAAGUUGCCAAGCUAGAUUUUCACAUGUCUACUAGUGCAAAAUAUCUCCUUAUUUCAGCAUUUCUUGCUUCUAGAAACCCAGCUACUCUUGAUGCUUCACUUUUCGAUUCCAAAGGAGGUUCUGAUAACCGAAAGCGAAAGAGGAAGCCCUCUGAGAAGGUGCCAGAAAAGAAGGAAAGUCUAGAAGAGGAGCUACUAAUGAAAGGACCUGGAAGUUUCCCAUUGGAGAGGUUGCUAGCCAUCUUUCAGUGUAUUGUAUCGGUUGCAGAUGAUCCAUCCAAUGAGGAAGAACAAAAUGGUUUCGGACUAGGAGUUGAAGGUGCCUGUGGCGAUCUGAUGUCUGAUGUUCUCUUGCAGCUAUCCAGCCUCUGCAAUGCUAAAUUUAUAUUUAAAGGAAGAAGCUGUCCAAUUGAAGGCUCAACUCGGUAUCGGUCAAGUAUAUCAGAAGACUUGGCUUUGAAGGUUGCAAGGAGCCUUAAGUUCCCUUUAUCAAGUUACUUGUACAAAAGAACCUAGCGAUCUUUGAUAUUGAUGCUUCACAAAGCUUGGUUAUGAAUUUUUUUCUGAUCUGAGGAAGAGUAUGUUGAAUUCAAACCAAAUGUAGCAGGAUGGUUGGACCCCCUUUACUAUUUUCUUUAAUUUUUCUUUCUUGACAGAAUACAUCAAAUGCAAAAGGCGAUGCUUAGUUAGACCAGUUUCACCUAGGGGAUGGCAAAUGGGCCGAAACCCGUCGGUCCGGCUUGCGUAACUCGC